GCGCGCACUCAGAGACGGCUUCUCCAGAGCGCAAGCUGAAACUGGCUGAAACUGCCGGGCACUGCGAGUCCAGAGCACCCCGGAGCUGAGUGCACCACGCACCCCUACCACACCCACACCCACCCACGGCCGCUGAAUGAGUCUUCCAGGUGCUCGCUUGCUGCCCGCAGCGCCCCGCCGGAGGUCCGCUCGCUGAGGGCGGCUGGUGCGCCGGCAGCCUGUGCGCUCACCUGCCAACCUGCGCGCCAUGGGGCAGCCCGGGAACCGCAGCGUCUUUUUGCUGGUGCCCAACGCAAGCCACGCGCCGGACCAAGACGGCACGCUGGAACGGGACGAGGCCUGGGUGGUGGGCAUGGGCAUCCUCAUGUCGCUUAUUGUCCUGGCCAUCGUGUUUGGAAACGUGCUAGUCAUCACAGCCAUUGCCAAGUUUGAGCGUCUGCAGACAGUCACCAACUACUUCAUCACCUCCCUGGCCUGUGCUGACCUGGUCAUGGGCCUGGCAGUGGUGCCCUUUGGGGCCUGCCACAUCCUCAUGAAAAUGUGGACUUUUGGCAACUUCUGGUGUGAGUUUUGGACUUCCAUUGACGUGUUGUGCGUCACGGCCAGCAUUGAGACCCUGUGCGUGAUCGCUGUGGAUCGCUACUUUGCCAUCACGUCACCCUUCAAGUAUCAGUGCCUGCUGACCAAGAAUAAGGCCCGGGUGGUCAUUUUGAUGGUGUGGAUCGUGUCUGGCCUUACCUCUUUCUUACCCAUUCAGAUGCACUGGUACCGGGCCAGCCACAAGGAAGCUAUCAAGUGCUAUGCUAAGGAAACCUGCUGUGACUUCUUCACGAACCAACCCUAUGCCAUUGCCUCCUCCAUUGUGUCCUUCUACCUUCCCCUGGUGGUCAUGGUCUUUGUCUACUCCAGGGUGUUCCAGGUAGCCAAAAGGCAGCUCCAGAAGAUCGACAAAUCUGAGGGCCGCUUCCAUGCCCAAAACAUCAGUCAAGUGGAGCAGGAUGGGCGGAGCAGUCUAGGACAACGCAGGACAUCCAAGUUCUACUUGAAGGAACACAAAGCCCUCAAGACUUUAGGCAUUAUCAUGGGCACUUUCACCCUAUGCUGGCUGCCCUUCUUCAUUGUCAACAUUGUGCACGUGAUCCAGGAUAACCUCAUCCCUAAGGAAAUUUACAUCCUUCUAAACUGGUUGGGCUACAUCAACUCCGCUUUCAAUCCCCUUAUCUACUGCCGGAGCCCAGAUUUCAGGAUUGCCUUCCAGGAGCUUCUCUGCCUGCGCAGGUCUUCAUUGAAGGCCUAUGGGAAUGGCUGCUCCAGCACCAGCAAUGACAGGACUGACUACACAGGGGAACAGAGUGGAUAUCACCUGGGGGAGGAGAAAGACAGUGAACUGCUGUGUGAAGACCCCCCAGGCACCGAAAACUUUGUGAACCAGCAAGGUACUGUGCCCAGUGAUAGCAUUGAUUCACAAGGGAGGAAUUGUAGUACAAAUGACUCACUGCUGUAAUGCAGGUUUUUCUACUUUUUAAGACACCCCUUCUCCCCGGUUCCCCGCAACAAAACACUAAACAGACUAUUUAACUUGAGUGUAAUAAAUUUAGAAUAAAGUUGUACAGAGAUGUGCAGGAGGAAAGAUAUCCUUCUGCCUUUUUAUUUUUUAUUUUUUUAAGUUGUAACAAAAUAUAUUUGAGUAACUGUUUCUUGUACAGUUCAGUUCCUCUUUGCCUGGAACUCCUUAAGUUUAUGUCUGAAGGGCUUCAGUCUCAAAGAACCUGGGGCUACUAUGUUUUGAUGACUUUUCCUGCAUAUCUACCUCAUUGAUCAAGUAUUAGGGGUAAUAUAUUGCUGCUGGUAAUUUGUAUCUGAAGGAGACCUUCCUUCCUGCACCCUUGGACUGGAAGAUAUUGAGUCUCUCAGACCUUUCGCUGUGAACAUGGACUCUUCUCGCCCCUCUUAUUUGCUCAAACGGGGUGUUGUAGGCAGGGACUUGAGGGGCAGCUUUGGUUGUUUUUCUGAGCAAAGUCUAAAGUUUACAGUAAAUAAAUUGUUUG